UUUUGUCAAAAUCUACCAACGUACCAUUUUGUCUUAAUUUGCCCGUGUUACCGUUUUGUCUCCUUUUGGCCGAUGUGCCAUUUUGUCUGGGCACGCGCUGUACACUUGAGUAUGGAUUUUGAUUAUUUUUUAUUUUUUAAGAGUUUAAUAAAUCAAUUUGGAGUCAAAGUCCAAGCGUUCAUCAUUUUCCUCCCGUUUUUUCCUCCCAUGUUUUUCUUCCUCAUUUGCGCCUUACGUUUUUGUAACAAACAGUUUUUAUUUCCUCACUCAUUGAUUUUUGUUUGUUUACACGCAAACCAAUUUUUCUAAAUUUUUAAUUUUUUUAGGAUUUUUUAAAAUUUAAUUCAAUUUUUCUACAAAAAAUCAAAUAAUGCCUUCAAUUCCACCUGUUAUGCAAAAAGUAGUUGCAGAUCUCGACAAGAAACUUCACGAGCCUGGGGCUCUGACGUCCGUAUUGGAGACGAUUGAGAAGAAGACCAGCGUUAAACGUCUGCAUGUGUUUGCAGGUUUUGUACUCGUCUACGCACUCUAUCUUCUUUUCGGACACUGGGCUCAACUGGCAUGCAAUAUAACAGGAUAUCUCUACCCAGCUUAUGUCUCAAUAAAGGCCAUUGAGAGUCACACAAAGGAAGAUGACACACAAUGGCUGACUUACUGGGUCGUUUUUGCACUCCUCAACAUUAUCGAAUUCUUUUCCGACUCAAUUCUCUACUACUUUCCAUUUUACUUUCUUCUCAAAUGCGUCUUUCUCCUUUGGUUAUACAUGCCAUCGACUUUGGGAGCUAUUCUUAUCUACGACCGCCUCAUCCGCCCGUUCUGUCUCCAAUAUACGGCGCAUGUUGAGGAGAAACUCAACAGUGGUUCGUGAUUUUUAUUUUUUAUCGAGUUUGGGAUAAACUACUAGAAGACUUCCCUGGUUCAUGCUAGUUGAAUUCCUUAAAUUUUUUGGGUCAGAC